GUGAUUUUCCCCAUGAAGUCCAUGCCCACCAUACCCCAGGAUUCGAUGACAUAAAUCUUCUUCGGAGACAUCUGUCAGUCUCGGUUCACAGGCGGCGCACACCGUACAGACUUGCCAAAACCAAAUGAUCACGACGGCAGAUAAUCUUCUCUUCUUCAAGGCAGUAUCCAUGUUCGAAUGCGGACCCAACCACGACAUGGACGAAGUCGUUGACCACCCAGACGGAGAUGGAGACGCCAACUCCGUCAUCAACAAUCAGUUGACAUUAGUAUCAUCAGACCCUGAACAUUGGGCCGAGUCACAUUGCGAAGUCUCAGAGAUGCUCGCGGAUUAUAACCCCGUCGGCGUAAAGGAUGACACUCCCCAAGUGCUUCGUCUCUUCGCGGACAAACUCCCACUCAGGGGACAAUUAGUUCUGCUCUCGGAGAUCAUGCGUUACAGACACAAUCCGGUCCAAUUGAGGCAAGUGCGUGACUUUCUGGUUCAGGCUAUCUUGAUACCUUUCAAAACUCAUUCAAAGCGCAGAAGUGAAGACGACAUUGUGUCUUCGAGUUCCGGGACAGACGGCCCAGAUUCACUUCUUGAGAAGCUCGAGUCUUAUGUCGACGAUUCAAAGUUGAGGCGGGUCUGCGUCCUCCGGGAUGGCGGCCAAUGUGUCGUCACGAAGUAUUUUAACAAGGACUGGUUGGAAGAGAAUUUCUCUGGCCAGAUGAUGCCUCAGGCCCGUAUAAGCACCCUGGAGUGCGUUCACAUUAUCCCCUUCUUGAUUGGAAACUUUGACGAGCGGAAGCCAAUGGAAGUGAGGACCCUUUUUGAUCUUCUUAACGGACAAGUCGCCUUGCUAUCCCUUCAACUGCCAGAGGCGUCAGUGGAUCCGCCUCCAGUCUUUCUACAAUAUCCGCUCUUUCUCGGAAGUAUCCACAGGCGUAUAUGAGCGAGAUAGGACCGGAUAGGCAUUGGCGCCAUCUAGCAGUUGAUGGGAUACUACUAACGAAAUCCAAAGGCUCGCGUGAAUGCAAAGACAUGGUAGGCGCUGUGGAGAUACUUCCCGGAUCUCAAAGGGAAGGUCGGCCCUGACACCAUCAAUCAGACUGGCAACGCGCUCAUAAUGAAUUCAGAGGUCCACGGCGAUUUUGGGGAUUUCGAUUUCGGGUUCGAGCAGCAAUAUGGUUCGGUAAGUUGUCAUCGUCUUUGCCAAAACUGUUGAAUCGCGAGUAAACCCUUCUAGACUACGAAAUACAACAUUCGCUGGUUUGGCGCAUGGAAUCCCGCCAUCAGCCU